AUGGCCGACCGCUUCCCUUCCUUGGAGGACUUCUCUGCGGGGCAGACCGAAGCUAUCGAAACCAACGGCACAGACGAGAACGACUUUCUAGCUCGUGAGCGAGCCCUCCUCGGCGACGAUGCCGACCAAUUCGCAACCGCCCAGGACGUCACUUCCGCAGAUGUGAACAAUGACGAACUACUGGGAGGUGCGGACGAUGAAGCCGGCGCUGGACCGGAGAUCUCGGGCUUUGAAUCUUCAUUCCCCGCCAUUGACACACAAAACGAGCAAGUUGCUCCUGGCGGCACAAUCACCGGAACCGGUGCGCCUUUCCCGCCAACCGGCUAUUCGAGCUACCAGGCUCCCGAGGAGGAGGCCGAACCUGUCAGGGAAUGGCGCGAGAAGCGAGAUGCGGACAUCGCACGUCGGGCGGAACUCUCGAACGAGAAGAAGGAGGCGACUAUAAAAAAGGCCCAGGAGGACAUCGACGACUUCUACGUAUCGUAUAACAACAAGACGGACAAGCUUCGGGCUCAGACCGCCGCCGAGGCGGAGCAGUUCCUCGCAAACCGCGAAGACACAUCGGCCGGAGGAACAAGCUGGGAGCGUAUCGCGAAGCUCGUGGACGUGUCUGGAAAGGGCACCAGGGGCGGUGCGAACGGUUCAGGCAAGGAACGUUUCCGCGAGUUGCUGCUGAGUCUCAAGAAGGAUGAGAAGGCGCCCGGUGCUAGCGGGGUUUGA